CCAUGUAAAUAACAAUAAAUUAAUCAUUAAUAUGAACUAUGAUAUUAGCAUAAUGACAUUCCACUUUUUUUUCUGAUGGCUUUAACAUUUUUCUGUCUUAUAUUCACUUCAAUCAUUUCCACUCUGUUUGCAAAUAUGACUUGUUUUCAUUCUCAUAAUUUAAUAUUUUUUUUGUUCUUCAAGGUCCAUCCUGAAGUCAUAGCGCCUCCAUGUGGUUACCAAUUGUAUGCAAAUUAUCACCACGUAAAUGCGUUUCACACUCUAAAGACAUUUAAACUCACAGACAGGGAAAAAAAAUGCUUGCUAAAAUUUAAUUAAAAAAUACAAAAGAUACUAGUGGUCAAACCAAUUACAUAUUCCUAAAAUACAAGCUGUUUUUAAGCUGGUGAAGCUCAUGCGCAUGCGCGUUGUAGAUCUGAGGCGGUUGGCUCUUGAACACAGCCGCCAUAUUAAGCGUUAAUGUCGCCAAGAUCUCCUCUGUUGUCUACAUGGUCUUUUAUUUUGAAAAUCGUCUUUCGGGUUCGAAAUUUCCUGUUAAGUUUUCUGACUUCAUUUCAGUCCGCGAAUUUUAGCUGUUAAAAUUUUAGCUGUUUAAAACACACGGAGCAAAAUAGAAAAUCUAUAUUAGGUAUGACCGAACUCAGACACAUAAACAAAACAUACUUCUGUAAACGAGUUCAGUUUGAGUGUUUUAGUUUGAUGUUUUCGCUGUUCCACUGAUGUGGGUGAAGCUGGAUUGAUCUCCAGACAUCAUAAAUGUGUUUGUGUUCUGUAUGAUUAUUGAUUUCUUCUCACUAAAUCACUCUCAACUUCCUGUAGGUAAAACAUGAAUGUGGAUGUGGUGAGUUUCCGUUUGCCCGGGCAUGGAGACAACACCUUGAGUAACAUGAACUCCCUGCGGACACAGCAGCACUUCUGUGAUGUCACCAUUGUGGCUGGAGGCAGGCGCAUGUUCAGGGGUCAUAAGGUCGUGCUGGCUGCUUGCUCUGCAUUUCUUAGGGACCAGUUUCUCCUGAACCCGUCAUCAGAGCUACAGCAGGUUUCAAUGUUGCACAGCUCAACGGUGGUAUGUGAACUCCUCCAGUCCUGUUACACAGGGAUGCUGCAGUUCAGUGCCAAAGAGAUUGUGAACUACCUGACUGCAGCCAGCUACCUGCAGAUGGAGCAUGUGGUGGAGAAAUGCAGAGGAGCUCUAAGCCAGUACAUGCAGCCUCGGAGUCGCAGCCCAAUUACUGUGAAAUCUGAAGACCCUCAGUCUAUGCCAGUGAUUGUCAGUGGAAGUACCCAUUCACUGGGAUCUAUUUCAUCUCCUUCUGAUACUGCAUCGCUGCAUCCUCACAGUUCAGGAAAGGAGCUUCAGGCUGCUGAUGCUGAACUCUCCAACAUCCCUCUCAAAGAUGACAGUGACUUGACCAUACACCAUGUUAGAGGAUCAGAUGCAUCUGGCCACUUCGAGGGAGAGGACGGGCAUGAAAGUGACGUCUUUCAGGUCCACAUCAAUGAUGAACAUCAAGACCCAGAGAAGUCCCCUGGUGCUGGGGAGGAAGACAGAGAAGCUGUUGUUGUAUUAGACGACCACUGUCAGCUGGACACGGGCAUGGAGGAUCCCAAUAUGGAGGGGCGUGCCAAAGGUAACAGUGUCCGAGGGCCGGGCCGCAUGUGGAGACGACGGCACGGAGAGCACAGGGGAGGCAGAGGAAGAGGCUUUAAACACAGGAAGCGGUACACCUUCAAGGACCGCAAGCUCUUGGGUAACUAUCAGGAGGCUUGGCGCUUUCCAACGCCAGAUGAGAUUAUGGGUAGUUUUGGAGCGGACUUUGGGGCUAGUUACUUGUCCAAUCAGCAUCUUUCCGACGGUACCGUCCGCAUUGACUACAGGGCUGGAGAGGGACAAGGAGAAGAGAUCGGCUCUGAUGGAGCUCCUGCACACUUCAGUGUGGAAGCUUCCAGCGGGGAAGAAGGAAUGGGAGUCGGGGCGCCUUCAAAUGAGCGUGGAGCUGCUGAUGAGUCCGUGGCAGUGGUGGGAUCCACGUCUUGCGUAACGGGACCGGUAGUCUGUGAGCAUUGCGGACUAGCAUUUUCCUCAACGCAGGAUUUAGCCAUGCAUUCCCUGUCGACACACCGGCUAUAUGUGUGUCCAUGCUGCGGGAAGAACUUCAGCCACUCCAGUAACCUCAACCGCCACAUGAUCGUCCAUCGUGGCGUUUCAAAGCUCCACUGCUGCCCCCUGUGCCACAAGACCUUCACUCAGAAGUCAACACUGUGCGACCACAUGAACCUGCACAGCGGGGAGCGCCCGCAUGUGUGCGCAUACUGCCACGUCAGCUUUGCCCACAAGCCUGCUCUACGGCGCCACUUGAAGGAGCAACAUGGAAGGACCACAGCCCAAAACUACCUGGAGAUGCAGCGAAACAAUGAGGGUGGUGUUGGGGGAGGAGUUUAGAUCACAUUUACAUUGGUAGUGUGGGUUGUUAAAAUGAAAUCAAAAUUAACCUUAUUUACUUUCUUAAUACUUGUUUGUAGGCUUAUUGUGCGCAAUUUAUCAGUGCACAUUAGAAAAAAAAUGUUUGUCUUCGUAAUCAAUAUAUAAUAACUUUAUGGUUGCUUCAAAAUUAUUCCGAAUUGUCAUUGUGCAGGCCAAACACUGCCAAAGCAUUUGCUCUUUAGCCUGGAGAAACUGAAUGAUUUUGCCCUUAAAGGGUUAGUUCACCCAAAAAUGAAUAUUCUGUCAUUAAUUACUCACCCUCAUGUCAUUCCACACCUGUAAGACCUUCAUUCAUCUUUGGAACACAAAUUAAGAUAUUUUUGAUGAAAUCCGAGAGGUUUUUUUUUUUUUUUUUUACCCCCCAUAAAAGGCAACGUAAUUACCACAAUCAAGGUAAAAAAAAGUAGUAAAGACAUUGUUAAAAUAGUCCAUGUGACUGAAGUGGUUCAAUCUUAAUGUUAUGAAGUGUAAAGAAUAGUUUUUGUGUGCAAAAAUGAAACAAAAAUAACGACUUUGUUCAACAAUUUCUUCUCUACCCUGUCAUUCUCCUACGCUGUUUACGUUCUGUAGACAGUGCAGCGCUUCUGGGUUUUUUACAAAAUUGUUGAAUAAAGUCGUUAUUUUUGUUUUGGUUUUGCGCACACUUAUUUUCGCAUGUUCAAUUGCUGUUUGUCUGGCAGUAGAAUGUCUGAGAAGUGACGUACUGUCAUCUGGGGAAUGCCCAUGUUGGUCAGUGUGAAUUGGCUUUUAUAUUCACUUACAGGGAGUUCACUCAAAAAUGAAAAUUCUGUAAUUUUCUUCAAUUCUCUUACAUUGCCCUCCAAAAGUUUGGAAACUCCCUAGAAAACUGGGGUUUUGGACACUAUUGGCAUGAAUCCUUUUUAAUUUGUGAUCAUUUUGCACUGAUAAGGGACAAACACAAACUACGAAAACAUAUUUUAUUACAUAAACAGUUUAUACAUAGAAAAAACUUAUCAAAAUAUCCACCAU